AUGGGAUCUAUUGAUAUUCCUCUAUCCCAAAGAAUUUCUCCAGCCAUCUUCUACUGGGGUACGCCGGUUGUAUUGAUUACCACGGAAAACGAAGAUGGAACAUUCAAUAUCGCGCCCAUGUCCUCAGCCUGGUGGCUUGGAAAUCGGUGCAUGCUAGGCUUGGGAGCAGUUUCACAAACGACUAUCAAUCUCAUUCGAACUAAACAAUGUGUUCUCAACCUUGCAUCUGUCGGCAUGGAAGGCGCCGUAAAUGCUCUGGCCAGGACAACCGGUGCUAAGGGUGUUCUGGCGGCGGCUGAAGAUACAGGAUAUCUAUAUUUCAAACGCAUGAAUGGAUACAAAUACGUGCCUGAUAAAUUUGGACAUUCUGGACUGACUCCCAUACCAUCUGACCUUGUUCGACCUGCUCGUAUUGCCGAGUGUCCUGCUCAGAUGGAAGCGGAAUUGAAGGGGGUGUAUGAGAUGAUGCAGGAUGCGGAGGCAAAUGGAUUUAUUGCGUUGGAGGUAAAGGUGCUUCAGACACAUGUUCAUCAAAAUAUCCGAAUGCUCGGGCACGCCAAUCGAAUCGACCCAGAUAAAUGGCAACCGUUGAUCAUGAGUUUUCAGGAGCUCUACGGACUGGCACCUAAAAAGGUGUCGCCUUCAAUUCUUGCUAAUAUCAACGAAGAAGAGUACAGACCAUUCUCUAAUUCUGUUGAAGAUGUGAAAAAUGUGGAAAAUACGCAAGAGCAAACUCAGUGA